AUGCCGGCUCCCCCACCCACUGAGUGCCCCAAGGCAAUCCCUGCCCUCUGCAGUAUGGAGAGCAAAAGCUCAGGGUGCUGUGAGGCCCCCAGGAAGCUGGGACUGUCCUUCUCCAUCGAGGAGAUCUUAAAGAGGCCCACCGAGAGGAGCCAUGUGGUCACGUCGGAAAGGGCAGGUGGACAGGACACUGGGCCAGCAGCAGCUGUGAGCUCCGGACCAGAGAGGCCUCCGCAGGCCCAGCCACAGGAGGAAAGAAAGAGCAAGCGAAGGGUCCGAACCACCUUCACCUCUGAGCAGCUGCAUGAACUGGAGAAGAUCUUCCACUUCACCCACUACCCGGACGUCCACAUCCGCAACCAGCUGGCAGCCAGGAUCAACCUCCCAGAAGCUCGGGUGCAGAUCUGGUUCCAGAACCAGCGUGCCAAGUGGCGGAAGCAGAAGACCGGCAGCCCUGGGGCUCCACAGAGGCUGAGUGAGGCCAGCUUGGCCCCGGCCAUGAACCCGGACAAGGCCGGUCCCAGGCUGCCGCCCUCCACUCAGCCCCUGCUGGCUCUCCCCACCAGGUGCUAUCCACCAGCUCCUGGUCAGCGGGUCUCUGCCUGGUGCCCCGGCCAGAUCACCCUCCUGCCAUGCCACCUGUGGGAGACGCAGCCUCUCCUAGGCCCUCUCAUCCAGCAGACCUGCGUCCCUGCUCUGUGCUGCCUUCCACCUGCGAACCCCAAAUGGAACAACCUCUGUGCCACCUCCACAUAG